AGGGCUGGUGGUAGCGGCUCGGGGAGGUGCUCGCUGUCUCAGUCUCGCUCUCUCGCUCGCUUCCCCCGGCUCCCUUCGGUGCCCCCCCCGGUCGCCUGCGUGCCGGAGUGUGUGCGAGGGAGGGGGAGGGCGUCGGGGGGGUGGGGGGAGGCGUUCCGGUCCCCGGGAGACCCGCGGAGGGAGGCGGAGGCUGCGAGGGACUCCGGGAAGCCAUGGACGUCGAGAGGCUGCAGGAGGCGCUGAAAGAUUUUGAGAAAAGAGGGAAAAAGGAAGUCUGUCCUGUCCUGGAUCAGUUUCUUUGUCAUGUAGCCAAGACUGGAGAAACAAUGAUUCAGUGGUCCCAAUUUAAAGGUUAUUUUAUUUUCAAACUGGAGAAAGUCAUGGAUGAUUUCAGAACUUCAGCUCCUGAACCAAGAGGUCCUCCCAACCCUAAUGUCGAAUACAUUCCCUUUGAUGAAAUGAAGGAAAGAAUACUGAAAAUUGUCACUGGAUUUAAUGGUAUCCCUUUUACUAUUCAGCGACUGUGUGAAUUGCUAACAGAUCCAAGGAGAAACUAUACAGGAACAGACAAAUUUCUCAGAGGAGUCGAAAAGAAUGUGAUGGUUGUUAGCUGUGUUUAUCCUUCUUCAGAGAAAAACAAUUCUAGCAGUUUGAAUCGAAUGAAUGGUGUUAUGUUUCCUGGAAAUUCACCAAGUUAUACUGAGAGGUCUAAUAUUAAUGGGCCUGGGACACCCAGGCCACUUAAUCGACCAAAGGUUUCUUUGUCAGCUCCAAUGACAACAAAUGGCUUACCGGAGAGCACAGAUAGCAAAGAGUCAAACUUACAGCAAAAUGAGGACAAAAAUCACAGUGACUCCCUGACAUCUGGAUCAGAAAGUUCCUCAGUGAGCCCUAUAAAAAACAAACAUCCAGAUGAAGAUGCUGUGGAAGCUGAAGGGCAUGAGGUAAAAAGACUCCGAUUUGACAAAGAAGGUGAAGUCAGAGAGACCGCCAGUCAAACAACUUCCAGUGAAAUUUCUUCAGUUACGGUAGAAGAAACAGAAGCAUCAGCUUCAUCUCAGGAUAAAGACAAAGAAAGUAGUUGUUCCAGGCAGCACUGUACAGAAGAGGAUGAAGAAGAGGAUGAAGAGGAAGAAGAAGAGUCUUUUAUGACAUCAAGAGAAAUGGUCCCAGAAAGAAAAAAUCAAGAAAAAGAAUCUGGUGAUGCCUUAACUGUGAAUGAAGACACUUCUGAGGAAAAUAAUCAAAUGGAGGAAUCUGGUCUGUCUCAAGCUGAGAAAGAUUUACAUUCUGAAGGUAGUGAAAAUACAGGCUCUGUAAGUAGUGGUUCUGACUGUCACGAAACAGAAGAAUUAGUAGGAUCCAGUUCCAGUAAAAAGGGAGAGAUUCUCUCAGAAUCAUUCAUGGAAAAUGACGACGAGUCCACAGAAGUUACAGAUGAACCGAUGGAACAAGACUAACUAUUUAGAAACAUUUAGAUGCAGUAUUUUACCUACAGUUCUGGUUUUACACUGUAUAAAACUUUUAUGUAAUAAAGUGGACCUUUAUAAAGUUUUGCAAGAGAAGCAGGUUGUAAAAUAAAGUACUUUAUGGGAUAAAUCCUGAAAGAGUUGUACAUGUGAGAACUGUGACUAUCAGCUCCUCUGGGUCCUGCUUACCGCUGACUUUUUUUGGUCUGGUCAAAUCAGUGGUUUGUGUAUAGAUUUUUUUUUUUUUUUUUUUUUUUUUUAAUUUAGAAUUAAAGUUUUUAAACUGGAAGGUAAUAAUUAUAAUUUUGAAAACCUUUUGGAAAUUAUCACAUUUAGUUUAUACAUAUGCAAGAGAGCUUUUUGUCUUGUCUCUUUCUGACAACUAGCAGUUUUCAUAUUUUGGUCAUAGUUUCAGCAUUUUAACAUGGGAAUUAUAGGGUUUCAUGCUGGUUUCCAGAUUUUAUUGUUUGACUAUGUACAAUGGAACUUUAAGUCAUAUAUACAUAUAUAUAUAUUAUUCUAAGGGGGGAAAUGUUAUAUUUUUCUGUUUCUAUAAGAGAUAAAUAAGGUGGAUACUUUUUUAUUGGUAAUGAUUAAGUUCACCUCUUUCAGAAGAGUUACUUCCUCUUCUGAGUAAUUUAAAUAAAAUUUGGCCCUUGUGAAACCCUGGAAAUCUUAAGUCUAUUGAAAUACCAGGUUAAACACAUUCCAAGUGAUCUGUACAAAUUAAAAUUCUUUUGUAUACUUCUGAGGUGCCUGAGAAAAAGACUUCAUUAUUUAUGAGAAAAUGUGCUUUAUCUUGGAAAUUGUGUUCAAACGUUAGCUUACUAUUUUGUAGAAUGAAUGCUUAUGAAGCUGACAUAAGACCAUCUCAGAAGAACCGGGCAGGUUCCUUGACCUUUUGCUUGCUUUUCUAAACAUUGUGAAUAUUACACAUUUCUUUCUAAAUUAUUCUAGAGUAUGCAAAUGUCAAUGGUAUGAAACACCACUGUACUGGAAGAAUUAAUAUAUUACUUUAGUAAUGUACCUGAGCUAAAUGACUGAAGCUUUAGGGAUACAUAGAAACCAACAUAAUUUGUAUGACAUUUUGAAGUGAAUUAAAUAUUUUUGAACAUGCUUCUUCGACAGCCAGUGUUAUAUUUUUCAGAUCAACACAAAGCACAAUGAUUACUCUAAACUCAAUAUUUUCAAAUUCACAUAUUUAAAGUCAUGCAAGCUGCAACUUCCCUGUCAAAAUUACUGGCUGCCAAAUUUAUACCUGUUUCUCCAGCUGUACCUUUUGAUAUUUAGAAUUUUUAAAUUUCUGUAAAGUAGAUUUUGUAGAAUGUAAUGUGUUCACUGCCUUUGUGAAGCGGUAUAUAAUUGUAUAAUUUCUGUGUGUAAACUGAAUGCUUGGGCUUUCAAUACAGUAUUCAUAUAAAGCAAUAAAUAUUAAUGUUAUGAAAUAUUCGAGUACAUUUUUAUCAAAAUAUAAAAGAAUCCCUUUUUUAGUUUUCAGUACCUGAAGUACACAUAUGAACUUAUAAAACUGAUGCAGACUUUUCUGACACUGUAUCAUAUACUUUGGGGUGAUUUGGGGGUUAAACACAAGUUUUGCGUUUUGACUACUUAAAUUCCUAUGACUAAAAUUACCAAAAAGAUUUGGCUCCAUUUAUAUGUAGGGUAAUAUACUACUGACUGACUUGACUGUCAGGUUCACAGCAGCUAGAUGAUAUAUUUAUGAAUAUGUCUAAUAGUUGAAACAAAAAUUGAAUAUUGAUUUACUGUACCCAAGAGGGGAGAAAAACAUUGUAAUUUUUUUUUAAUUUUGCAAAACUGUUAAGAUGAAGCAAAUUUUAAAUGACAUUUAUUUGUAGAGACCUAUUACUUUAUUUUGUUCAGGAAUAUUUUGCCAGUGAGAAUAGAUUUUAAACAUUUUGAGUUUAGAAAUUUUGAAUUUUCUUUAGAAUGUUUAUGAAAUUGUCAAUAAACCUAUUCUUUAAGAUCCUGCUAUUAAAGAGCUGAUAUUUUUAAUUGUAGUGCCAUGGACCAUUUGUAAACAAAUCACUUUACUUUCAUUGGUUAUAAGUUGAAGAUUUAGUAUCAUGACUUUGAGGUCUGUGGUUUUAUUUGUAAACUUGCAAUUGCUAUUUUUGCAAGGACAAAUGUAUUUCUUUAUUAAAUAAAGUAUAAUGAUGGUGAAUGUACCAAAAUGCUAUCACUUAACUCUAUGAGAGAUCUGCAUUUUAAUCUAUAGUUUACUAUUUAUUAGAUAUUCAAAUAUUGAUCAUAGAUCAAAUUUGUUGCUGUUUAUACAGAUAAUUGUAGAAUGCUCAUGAAAUAUAUUCUUUAGGGUAGGUGGAAUAUUUCUAAGGUUAAAUUGGGGAACCUUGUUCAGCUGGUUUAAGGCAUUGAUGGCUAUUUGGAAGUAAAAUUCCUCAAGUAUGCAUAGGUGCACUUACAUAGACUUUGCUUAAUGAAAUUGUCUGUUCUAAUGGUAACUGAUUCGUUUGUGUAAAGGUUAAUUUUAGGCACAUUUUCUUAAUACACAUCAAGCAAAGUCAUAUUAAAAGAGCUGAAUGAAGAAUCAAGAACUCAGUGAUUAAAAAUAAUUUUCCUUUUUGGCCUGGAGCAGAUUGUUUACCUGUUAGCCUCUAGACUCUGAACCCAAAAUGUAAAAAUAAUUUGAAGAUGCUGAUGAGGGAAGUGAGAGUACAUAUUUGUUUUUGGUACUUAUUCCUUUAAUGUGGAAAAAUAUCCUAGUACAUUUUUGAAAAUACAUCUUUUUCAGUUCUGAAAACAUAGCAGAACAGAAUAAGUGGUGAAAAUGUCAUUUUAAAUAUUGAUUAUUAGAUUAAUUUAAUUAAUUCACUUAGCAUUUAUCUUAACUGUACCUUUCAAAAGUGUGUACUGAGCAGUUGGAUUGCCAGUCCAGGAACCAUAGCCCUUUUUAGAAAGGCAACCCAGAAGUUCUGGGCUAGAAAGUUUAGCCUGAUAAAGCAUUGAGGUUCAGUGUUUUGUUUUGCCGGUGUAGAUAGGCAUGUAUUUAUGCAGUUUUGCAUUUGUAAAAUCAGACACCAAUUUUUCAAAUAAUGUAAAUGUAAUAUACUAGUUUACUUAUAAAGGUAUUUGGGCAGAAUCUAAAGCUGCUAAAAUGUUAUGAAAAAUGUAACAUGAAUUUUGCAACUUGUAGAACCAAAGGAAUUGAAAAAAUUUGGGAUAGUGUUUCAAAUUGUCUUCUGAACAGGAGUUUCUUAAAUACACUGGUAUUGAUAAAAUGAAGCUUAAUUCUCGAGAUUUGUGCUAAUCAUAAAAUGGAUGAAUGCAAAAACACCUUGUGAUUUCAUAUGGAAUUAUUAAAGUUAGGUUUACUGGAUUAUUGGCCUAAAAAGAAUGCUACUUUGUAUUGGUUAGAAUACAUCUAAUAGUUCACAUUAAAAAAAAAUAAUCAGUACACUUUCUUUAGACUUUAUUUCAACCUGGAGCCUAGAUUACUUUGCCAAAUGUAUUAUUUUCAUAAUGCAAUAAAAUAUAAAUUAGAAUAA